CUGGCCUCCUUGAACGGUAGGAUCUAGCGGGUUGAAGAAGAGCUGGACCGUGCACAGGAGUGCCUGGCCACUGCCCUGCAAAAGCUGGAGGAAGCUGAGAAAGCUGCCAAUGAGAGUGAGAGAGGUAUGAAGGUUAUUGAAAACCAGGCCCUAAAAGAUGAAGAAAAGAUGGAACUCCACGAAAUCCAACUCAAAGAAGUGAAACAUACUGCAGAAGAGGCAGAUAGAAACUAUGAAGAGGUGGCUCAUAAGUUGGUGAUUAUUGAAGAAUUGGCACGCACAGAGGAACGAGCUGAGCUGGCAGACUCCCGUUACCAGGAGAUGGAUGAGCAGAUCAGACUAAGGGACCAGAAUCUGAAGUGUCUGAGUGCUGCCAAAGAAAAGUACUCCCAGAAAGAAGACAAAUAUGAGGAAGAAAUAAAGAUUCUUACUGAUAAACUCAAGAAGGCGGAGACUCGUGCUGAGUUUGCUGAGAGAUCGGUAGCCAAACUGGAAAAGACAAUGGAUGACUUGGAAGAUAAGCUGAAAUGCACCAAAGAGGAGCACCUCUGUACACAAAGGAUGCUGGACCAGACUCUGCUUGGCCUGAAUGAGACGGAGAGCUCCCCAGUCCUGCCCUGCGGGGCGCUGCUCCUUCCUCUGACCCCGACACCACCUGAGGCCCACCUGCCUGAGGCUGACCUUGACCUGAGGGCUGACCCUUAACUGGAAGGCUGCUUUCUCCUUUCUACAUUCUCUCUCCCUACCCUACCUUACCCA